UUAAGUUACUUACAUAACUUAUUUCUAAAAAAAUGAAAAGCAUUUCUAGUGUCCGUGAUUUCAUUACAAACGCUUUGGGAUUACUGCUUCAAACAUCGGACUUAAACGUUAAUGAUAUCAAUGAAGAAUUAUUGCAUGAUUUUUUGCACAGUCCUCAAACUCUUUUGCUACAAGCCUUCUUAGACCAAGACAGUAAUUUAAAAUUUCAAAUACAUCUACAAUGCAACCUGAAUAAGUCAAUCAUAUUCUAUAAAACUUUGCCAUGUACUUUGGAAGAAAAUAGCUCACUCAACAAUGUGAAUAUGCUGACGCUAUCAACCAAUGCAGCUCUAUCUCUGUACCAAAUAUUAAAGCAAAUAUACAGCCCUCUUCUUACCAAUGGGGAUGAUUUAUAUUCGAAGAAAUUGCAGAAAAAUCUAGCAGAUUUAGAGUCAAAUUUACGAGUAAUAGCUCAUGGGAAAGAAGAUAUUCAUAACAACUUUGUAUUGAGUGUUGAGGAUGAAGCUGAAUAUUGGAAAUCCAUAGCAGAAAGGACGGAUACCAACAAAGCCGAAAGGGAGGCAGCUUCCUCGUUCAGUGUACUAUUUGAUGAUAUUUCAGAAGAAAUCAAGUUGAUGCGAUCUAGUACGCUGCAGGAGGUGAAGGACUGUGUGGAGAAUGUGGCGGGUAUACUGGACGACGUGUGGCGGUGUGUCGGCGCCACGUACUCCCAGGACAGGAUGGUGCAUGUUUUUGAUGUUGUUGGUCAUGCCACAUGCUCUAUUAUUCAGAAAUGUGUAUCGGAUCUCAACAUUUGGUCGAUUCAUCAUAACGCAGAAGAUGAUAAAAUUUUAGCAGAGCUAUCGCACGGGCUGAAUGCUAUUCAAACAUGGACCAGUGCUUGCAAAUCUUUAACAGAGACAUAUUGGCCAAACUACGCCCUGCAUCCUUGGAAGGGCAAUUCCUAUGUACCGUUGUUUUGUGUCAACUUUGAAGGAAGACUAAAACAGAUUAACGACAUUAGAUCCACAUUUAAUCAACUAAACAAGUUAAUGACUAAUACUGAAAAAAUGGAAUUUGGAAUUGACAACAUAUUGAGUACAUUUCAAAAUGUUAACAUGUGGAUAAUAAACGGACCAAACCAUCAAUGGGAGAGUGCACUCUCUAAAUUGUCCGCUAAUCUGAGACAGGCUGAGAUGAAUGUUGCAGAAAAACUUAAACCACGAUUCCAGAAUACCUCUGUGCAUCAGAUGCUCUACGAGUUCCAGCGUUACAGAACACUUAUGUCUAGAGCUGUCAUCAAGAGCGCUCUGUCGUCUGAGCUAGAGCGUCUAGUGGCGGGUUUAGCGGCGCGGCUGGCGAGCAUGCACGCAGAGUUGGACGCUGGCGAGCGUGCGUGCCCGCCAGACCUGACGCCCGUCGUGCGCCGCGUGCAGUGGGCGAAACGCGCUGAGGCUAAGGUUAAUGAAAUAAAGACGUGCACUGAAAAGUAUUUGAGCGAGUUUGACAAAAGCUCGGAAGUUAUAUCGCUAAGCACCACGCUGCUAAAAGACUUGAAAAGUACUUACACCCAGUGCUUGGAGGACUGGUCGAGGGAGUUGCAGGUACAAGUGAAGUCGGGUUCCCUAAGCUUGUCCCAGGAGCGGCCGGUGCUGGAGUUCCGUAGCGGGUUACUUACUGUGACGCUGAGCGAGCGCGCGGCGACGUGGGUGGGGGAGGCGCACGCUCUCGCGUCGUACGCGCCGUUACCGCCCGCAGCCGCGCGCGAGUUGGCUGCGCUGGCAGACAAGCUGCCGCACGCGCGUGCUCUAGAUCAGAUCGCAUCAUUUCACAAUACGCUAGGCGAGCGCAUGAUUCCGUCCACUCGGCCUAUGAUGUUGCAGGCAGCUUUAGACCUGUCCGCGCUGGUACAAGACCAGAAACCCGUGUAUUGGAACGACGAACAGCAGCUCACUGAAUACAUUGACAGACUCAAAACAGCCGUGCUCAAGUUGGAGACCGAGAACACAUACUUGACCAGCCAACACAUUGCUAUACGGAACAUAGUGGAACAGCUUAUGGACACCGAGCUUCUGGCGCAACAGACGCAAUGGAAGAAACAGAUCAAAGAUAUCAGGAAUAUUAUAGAAAAGGUUGUAUCAAAUGGAUACAAAAACACAGAGAUGUGGCGUUCUCACUGGGACAUGCAGCUGUAUAAGGCAAUAGAGUGCCAGUAUAUAAAGGCGAUGCUGUCCUUGGAAACACACUUCCCGCCCGUCAAAGUAGACCUAGUGUUGCGUGGCAAUACAGUGUGUCUACAGCCGCGCGCGGAGGAGUUGCGAGCGACGCUGUACGCUCAGCUACGGCGAUUGGUGGCGUUGCCGUCGCACAUGCCGCCGCUCGCCGCCGCUAAUGACAUGCUUUUCACCGGCAUUGUUCAAAAACACAGUUGGAUAGGCAACAAGGCGGUGUGCGCGCUGGAAGCGGCGCUGGCAGCGACUGAGCGCGUGCGCGCACGCUGGGCACGGCGCAGCGCGGCGUGCGUUGUGGACCUCGGCGCGCUGUGUGCCGAACAUCUCAUCACGCACUCACAAUUCGAACACAACUUCAAAGCGUGCAAAUCAUUCGGACAGGCUGUUGCAAAGAUGACUUUCGAGGACGAAAAGGUGUACUGGAUAACGAUCAGCCCGUGGGCUCUGCGGCGCGAGCUAGAGAGCGCGGCGCAUCGUUUAUGGGGCGCGUUAGUGAGUGCGCUGCGGGCCAACUGCCGCGCGCACGCUGACACGCUCGCAGCAUUCGUGGCCACGGCCGCGACACUCGCCGCUCGCGCGCCCGCCACGCCCCGCGACUUAGCGGAGCUGAGUGCGGAGAGACACGCCGUACGGAGUAAGAUACCGGAGAUGGAAGAACUGGUAGAAGAUCUAAAGAAAAAAGGUCACAUGUUGCGUACCUGGGGCGGGGACUCCACCGUCGACGAUGCCAUCAAAGAGUGGCAGCGCGUGCGCGACCAACUAGACAGUCAGCAGGAGUUGUUUGAGCAUCAGGCUGAGACUGUGAAAGCCGGUCUGCUGAGUGAGUGGGACAGCGUACAAGCGCGCACGGAGGCGUGGGCGGGGCGAUGGAGUGGGCGCGUCAGCGACGUGCGUGCGGACACGCUCGCCGAGUUAACCGCACGCGCCGCAGACCUGAGCGCCGCAACGCAAUUGCUACACGAAUUGCGGACCGAGAGAGAUCAACUUAUAACGGAAUGCAAGAAAUUCGAUAUUGAACUAGAUAUCUCUUCCACGUGGGACGAUGCCGAGGAAAUCGUGAAAGAAUUCAACAGAGUGUGGAGCGUUCUACUAGACUAUAAUCAAGAAUACGAAGCGCUAAGCGGUACGGAGUGGGUGGUGUUCGCACGUAAGCUGCACGCACUGGACGAGUUUGCGGCAUCUUGGGCGGCGCGCCUCGAACCCUACACACCGGUCACGCUGCUACUGAAACGGGAAAUCGACAGAUACACGGAUCUUACGCCGGCCCUCAAAUACCUCCGAGGAACGGAUUUCACCGAGAAGCACUGGCGAGAAAUAUUCAACGUCCUAGAGAUGGAACCCAAAAACCCUGAUAGUUUGACGCUGAAGGACUUGCUAGAUGUCGCCCCUAACAUUAGGCGGCACGUUAAAGAUAUACAAAAAAUAAGCGGGUCGGCGUCGAGCGAGGCCGCCAUUAGCAGCACGCUGAACGAGAUAGAACUUUGGUAUGCGGGCGCGCGGUUCACGCUCGUGCGGUACACCGACUCCGCCAAGCGCACAGUACCUAUCGUCAAGGAUUACAAGGAUAUCAUCACUAAGGUGUCGGAGCUGCAGUGGGCAGGCAGCGCCGGCGGCGGCGGCGGCGCGGCGCGCGGCUGGCUCGACCGCCUGCACGCCGCAGGGACGCUCGCGCGCGCUGCACACCACGCCCAGCGAAGGUGGCUGUACUUGGAGCCCAUAUUAGCUACCGAUGAGGGUGAUUUGGGGGCCAAGUUCCGCAAAGUAGACCAAGCAUUCAAACAGGUCGCUCGGAUCUUCGAAGCCGAUCCGCGCCUAUCGGUCCUGAUGCAGUCCACGAGGCUCCAACCCAUGCUGGACUCUAUUUCAGAGCAACUAAACAGUUGCCAAUCAGCGCUAAAUCAGUAUAUGGACGAUAAACGUACCAUCUUUCCUAGGCUGUAUUUCCUUAGUGAUGAUGACUUGCUAGAGCUACUCGGUGAAGCGCGAGCGGGGGCCGAGGGUAGGGAGGCCGUGAUGCAGACGCACCUGAAGAAACUGUUCCCUGGUAUUACCGGUGUGAAGUUAGGACCGGGUGGACUGUCUAUAACCGCUCUGUGCAGUCACUUUGGCGAGACCUUCCAACUUGAUCAGUCUGUUGAUAUUGACUGCUCUGUCGAGGUAUGGCUGAAAAACUUUGAAAAUGAAAUUCGGUCCUCCUUGAAGAAUCUUACUUUGAAAUGCUUAAAGACGAGUAGCGUUUUGGAGCAGGACCCAUUCUCGUUGCCGACACAAAUUAUAUGCUUAACUCAAAAUAUAAGAUUCACGCAGCAAGUCGAAAAGGCUAUUAAUUCUAAAGAACUGCACGAAUUGAAAAGUAAUUUGGAGAAAGAAAGCGUAUACUAUGCAGAAGCUGAGGUCGAAGAUGAAGGAGAGAAAUAUAGGAGACAAGCUUUAAUUUUGCAAUGCGACUUCCAUAUACUAGCGGUACAGAGCUUGAUAGAAGGUAACGUCGUAGCCACGAGCGAUUGGCUUUGGCAGAAACAACUUAGAUUUUAUUUUCAAGACAACGACGUAGUGGCAAAGAUGGCGCUAGCGACGAUUCCGUACUCGUACGAAUACCUGGGCGUCCAAACGGGACAGUUUGUCCGGACCAGCGAAACUGAUGAAUGCUUCCUAAUUCUUACUCAGUCUCUGCACCUGGGUCUCGUGGGGAACCCCUUCGGUCCGGCCGGCACGGGCAAGACCGAGUCGGUCAAGGCCUUGGGUGGUUUGUUCGGCCGCCUCGUGUUGGUCUUCAACUGCGACGAGGCAAUGGACAGCGCAUGCGUCGGUCGCGUGCUCCGCGGCAUCGCGCUGAGCGGCGCGUGGGGCUGCCUCGACGAGUUCAACCGACUGUCGGCCGCCGCGCUCGCCGCCGCUGCGCACCAGCUCGCCGCGCUGCGAGCACAACGACCGACCAUAGACGGUAAAGAGGUGAGUGUGUCACCAUGGUGCGGCGUGAUGGUGACGAUGAACCCGACCGGGCGCGGGUACGGCGGGCGGCGCGCGUUGCCCAGCGCGCUGAGUGCGCUCUUGCGUCCGCUCGCACUGCGCCCACCCGACGCACGCGAGUUAGCUACGCGGCUACUCGUCGCCCGCCGCGUGUCCGCGCAGGACGCACGUGCGCUCGCCGCUGCGCUACACGACGUGUUCACCUUUGCAAGCUCUCUGCUGAGCGGGGCACGUCACUACGACUGGGGCCUGCGCGCGCUGAAGGCUGCGGUGGGCGCGUGCGGCGCGGCACUGGAGCGGCGCGGGGGCGGGGCCCUAGAUGGGAGCGGGGGCGGGGCGCUCGCCACGCUGCGAGACGUACUGCGACUCACCAGCUCCAAACUCAACGCAUACGACGCACAAAGAUUUGAGAGCAUUCUAUCUAUGGUAUUUGCUGGUGUACUGGAAGAAGAAGAAACGAAUAGUAGCAUAAGGUCCGCUUUAGAAUCGGCUGUGAAACAACUAAAACUAGUACACAAUGAAUUUCAGAUACAAAAAUGUAAAGAACUCUACGAGCAAAUGCAACAGCGCAUGGGAGUCGCCAUUGUGGGACCACCUGGCUCAGGGAAAAGCACAAUAAGAAAAAUAUUAAAAACUGCGUUAUCGUUGCUGGGCCACACCGUGAGCGAGCGGUCGGUGAUGCCCAAGGCCAUGAGUCGGGCGUGGCUGCUGGGCCGCGCUGACCGCGACACGUGCGCCUGGACCGACGGCGUCGUCGCGGUGCUCGCGCAUCACGCCGCCGCCCUGCCCGCAGACAUAUCCGGGUGGAUGGUGUUCGACGGCGACGUGGAGGCGGGGUGGGCGGAGGCGCUCAACUCGCUGUUGGACGACAACCGGCUGCUGGCGCUGGCGGGCUCGCGCGUACAGCUGCCCGCACACGCGCACGCUAUAUUCGAGACGCACCAUCUAGACGACGCCUCUCCCGCUACUGUGUCGCGACUCGCCAUCAUACUGCUAAACGAGGAUAACAAUUGCGCGCAACAAGUUCUAGAGAGCUUCAUGCGCGCCGCAGAUUAUGACGAUGAGCUCGCUAAGAUGGCGUUGCCACAGCUACAGACUGCGAUCGCGAAGUGUUUACAGUGGUUCAACACCAACAGAUACGAUCUCAACUUCAAACCGGAUCAUAUACCAGUGGUGCACCAAAUUAUAGCACAGUUUGAAUAUCUGGUGCAUAACACAAAGUCGAGUAACACGUAUACGAGUGUGGAGGACAUUGUAUACUUGUCGGUGGAGCGCGCCGUCGCUGGGAUUGUUAAAGAUAACGCUGUCGAUAAAUUCUACGAACAAGUAUUGGGUGGUGUGCGUAUACAUAAUAUGGAGUUAGAAACAGAAGAACUAGAUUCAAGCCGCUUGGUGUGGUCGCCGCGUAUACGCCGCGCCGCCGCCACAUUGCGUGCACUUUUGCGUACCACUCACAACGUCCUGCUCACAGGACCUGAUGCGAAUGGCAAAAGUUUGUUGCUGGAACAAGCUUUGAGAGACUAUAAUGGCGCUGUUGUGACAAUCGAGUGCACACCCCUGUUAGAACCCGCCGACAUACUGAUGGAACUCAAAAGGAGCAACGUCCUACGUUCGGGCGAGGCGGGCGAGGGCGGGGCGGUAGCUGGGGGCGGGGACGCGACGCUACUAGUACGGGGCUUGCACCGCGCUCGCGCUGACCGCUGUGGCUCGCGACCCGUGCACGCCUUUCUAAUGCAGUUAUGCGCGGGUGGUGCUUGGGAGGUGGGCGGGGACGGCCCGGAGUGGUUGCGUGCGCACGUGCGUGUACUCGCGACCGCCCGCUCGCAAGCUGACAUCUCACCGCGAUUGCGCGCCAUUCUCACUCAUAUAAUUGUAGAUGAAACGGAAGAGGAAGAAUUAUUGGAGCUCACAAAAAUGCGUUUAAAAGAAAACGGCACUAAAGAGUUGUCUGACGAAGAGGUCUUACAGUUAGCUCGAAAUAUCGUGCUUUUGUAUAAAGAAAUAACCGAAACAUUUAUAUCUCAACCGCACUAUUCAUGGGAUACUUCGCACCUUGAUACUAUAUGCGAGAAUGUAAAAUGGUAUUCGCCAUCCACUCUACAGGAUGUUCAUAUGGCUCUCAAUGCAGAAGCAAACAUGAUAUUCCGGGAGAGACUUAUUACUGAUGACGAAAAAAUUCAGUACAAAUCGAUCGCUGAGAAAUAUCUAAAGUGUGGCAGUGAAGUUUAUUUCAUGCCUAAACUGAGAAGCGAUGGAGUAUACUUGGAAGCUAUGGACUACGACGAAUGGUGUCGUAAUGCGGGAAAGCUUAUAAACCAGUGCCUGACAGACAAUGAGAAUGUCUUUGGAGAUUCUGCUGUAGAAGUCAGUACUGAGCUAGCAUCUCUAUUUCCAGCCAUAACUACCGCAAUGCGCGGCGGUGUAGCAGUGUUCGUGAGUGCCUCGGGUGGGGGCGUGUCUGCGGCCGCGACGCUCGUGUGCGCCGCGCUAGCCGCGACAUGCCACGUGCCGCCCGCCGCGCCAGCACCGCUCGCCGCACGACUGACGAAUACUUUCAAAACUGCGCUCACAUCAGCAAGCGACGGAAUGCGUAUUUGUAUUUUAUUACAUGCAGAAGGUAGUCAGAAGGUCGAUGAUAAUGAUGAUGAUGAUGACGACUCGGCGGCGGCGUGUCUAUCUCAUGUAGAGGCGCUGGUGCGUGCCCGUACUGCGUCCGCCUUGCCCGCUGCACUCGCCCGCGCCGCACCUAACACAACUGAGACAACACUUUAUGAUAUAAAACAAAAUGUGGGCAUCGUGAUAUGCAUAGACAAGAACGAAGAGAGUCUGUGGCAGCUAUUUUCUCGCUUCCCGUGGUUGAGUCGCGCGCCGCAGUGGGCGGGGCGGUGGUCGGACGCUACGUUGCGCCGCAUGCCCGCACUGAUUAUACAGAGGUUAAUAAAAGAAAGUGGCCAAGAAAUUACCAAAGAUGAUAUUGACUCUAUCCCAGUAGAAGGAUUCGUUAAUGUCUUCAGCAGUUUACAAUCCCCGAGCAUGCAGGCUCCAUGUAGAUACGUCAACCUCAUACGCUCCUACUUCCAUAUCUUAACUCAGAAGAAGGAAGCACUGAUCCAGAGAAAAAAUGUCCUCUCCGCGGGUGUUGAAGCUCUGAAACGUGCGAGAAUAGAAGUGGCGACCCUGCAAAAGGAGGCGGUGACACAGGAGGCGGCUCUCUCCGAGGAGCAGACUAAAGCGAACGCGGCGCUCGAACAGAUCAGCGCGACCGUCCGAGCCAACUCCGACAAGAAGGAGGAGAUGAAUGAGUUGAAGAAGAAUAUCGAAAGGGAAAAUGAACAGUUGCAGAUACGGAAAAAGGAGAUAGAAGAUCAGCUGGCCGCGGUAGAGCCAGUGAUAGCGGCCGCGCGCGCCGCCGUCGGCGAUAUACGUCAGGACGCCCUUAGCGAGGUGCGAUCGUUGCGUGCGCCGCCGGACGCGGUGCGCGACGUGCUUGAGGGAGUGCUGCGACUGAUGGGCAUCGCCGACACCUCCUGGCACUCCAUGAAGAACUUCCUCGCCAAGCGCGGGGUCAAGGAGGAUAUACGUCGGCUGGACGCGGCUGACAUAAGCAGCGAGGCGGUGGCGGCGGUGUCGCGGCUGGUGGAGCGACGCGCGGCCUCGUUCGAGGACGCUACGGCGCGGCGCGCGAGUGCCGCGUGCGCGCCGCUCGCCGCCUGGGUGCGCGCGCAGCUCGCGCACGCCGCCGCGCUCAGACACGUGCGCCCGCUUAGAGACAAACAGCAGGAACUUGAAAGUGCGGUGCGUUCGGCGGAGGCACAGCUCGCGGCGCUAGUUAGCGGCGUUGCGAGCGUGGAGGAGCGUGUGGCGGCGUUGACGCGCGCGCUCGGUGAACACACACGCGCCGCCGCGACGCUCGAGCUACGGCUGGCCGACGCGGCUGCGGCGCUCGCUCGUGCCGCUGCGCUGUUGGACCAUCUCGCGCACGAGUAUAACGCUUGGGAAACUCAGUUGGAAGAUAUCACCAAAGAAUUAUCCGAAUUGAAUUUGCUUUCGCUGUUGGCCGCUGCAUACGUUGUAUAUCUGCCCGAGUUGACCGAACAACAGGCCAGAGAUGUAAUAAAAAAUUGGGCCACGCUAAUGGGACACGAAGAUUUAGACUUUUCGCCGUCAAAUUUCUUGUCAGCACCUGAUAAACAGUUCAAGUGGAUCUCAGAUGGUCUACCUUCAGAUCAAACGGCGUUGAAGAGUGCUAUAGUGAUUGAUCAGUAUCUCAGCGAGGCUAGAUGUGGAUUUUCGCCACUGAUCAUAGACCCGGAUGGCGAGGCGGAGGCGUGGCUGCGUACCGCCCUACAUGCCGCGCCCGUCGACUUCGUACCGCAGCACAGCGACAAACUAAAGACGGCUGUGCAAUACGCUAUCAGACACUCGCGCGUCCUAGUGAUAACGGAGGCAGAGGGGUGCGGGUGGUGGUGUGGUGCGGCGCGCACGCUGCAACUGUCGCGCGCCCCGCCCCGCGCCGCGCCUCGCCCGCGCUGUGCCGCACGCACCAGCGUCCUGCACUUUGCGCCGCGACUACAUGCGCUUGUAGAUCAACUUUCGCACUUCACAAUACAGAAGCAGAAUCCAUCUAUGAUGGAACGUUACAAAGAAGUCAAGUUACAAAAAGUAGCUUUACAAAAGCAACAAUAUGAGCUGCAGGAGAAUCUUCUCCGCGAGCUGUCGCAGGCGCGCGAUAUUCUACACGACGAUGCUCUGUCGCGGACGCUACAGCAGACGCGCGCGACCGCCGAACACAUCGCAGCGGCGCUCGCGGCCAGCGAUCAAAUAGAGGCUGAGGUGUCCCGGGCGAGCGCCGCGUACGCCCCGCUGGCGGCGCGCGCGGCCGCGCUCGCGCUCGCCGUCAAGCGCCUACAGCCGCGCCGACCCACGCUACACCUGCCCUUCGACUGCGUGCAGGCGCUAUUCCUUGAUACUGUGCAGCGAUAUCAGGACAUGGAGAAUUCUGACGUAGAUGAGGCGGUGCGGUAUUUUAUGAGGAUGAUGUUCGACCGCAUACAACUAAGCCUACACAGAAAGGAUAAAUACGUGGUGCUCAUGUAUCUUCUGAAACAAGUUUACGGCGAUAUGAUGCCUGAUAAGCUAUGGAAGAUAUUCAUUAACCACAUAAGCGUCGAAGAUGAUGCAAAAAUUGUUGAAGAAAUCAGACGACAACAUGACUGGAUUGGUGACGAAUACUUGAGUAAACUAGCCCAAAUAAAGAUGCAAGAUGAAGAUCUCUACAAUCGAAUGUCCCUAGACAACUCACAACUGUGGCGGGGUUAUCAAUCUUCAGGGGACGAAACCACAAUAAGACGUUUGAACCUCAAUCCCUUCGAACAAGUAUUGGCCGUGGCGGCGCUCCGACCGCAGAGCACGUACCGCGCUGUCGUCGCGUUCGUUGAUAAAAUUCUAGGGUUGUCCCGGGGUGGUUCGAGCGUGGAGCGCGCGGAGCGGUACGGCGCACGCGCGCGGCCGGUGCUGUUGCUCGGCGCGCACUCACAAUUACAGCUCGCGGCGCAUGCGCGGGCACACACGCACGCACUCAAUAUAGUAGGAAUAGAUGAAGGUAUAUCUGCUUGGGAAACCGCCUUGAGAGCGAGUCAGAAGGGGGCGUGGCUUGCUAUUGUCGUCGGUGCGUCUCCGUUCUCGCGCGACUUGCAAACGUUCAUUGCGUCGCUUUCCCACCGAUCUGCGGAAGAGUUGAAUGUAGAAUUCCGCCUGUGGAUUAUAACAGAAGACCGUGAGGUGCCUUCGAUGAUAGCCAGCAUGUGCGUCAACGUUGUACUAGAGAAUGUUUAGGCGCCAGAGGGCGUGAAGCACAACGUGUGCGGGACGCUGCAGGCGUGGGCGG